AUGGGAGUGGCCAACAAGGCUUGGAGGCUUAGCUUGAUAUCGGAACAACCGAACCUGGCGCUUUCAAACCAACCAAACGGUAAGCAUUAUCAAUAUCAUCCAAAUAAUUACAAUGACUGGCGGUGGUGGAGAUCCUCUGCCACGCAGCAGCAGCAGCAGCAGCGGAGGAAGGUACCGUGGUCGCUAGUUUGCGGUUUCAUGCUUUUUGGUUUGGGAUUGAUUUCUCUCUUCACUGGACACGUGGCUUCUGAUCUUGAGUGGUACUCUCAACGAUUAGUCAAGCGCAGCCUCUUCUACUCUAGGCUGGAGGGGAGGCGACGCGAAGCCAUUGAUAUUUGGAAAUCAAAGUACUCGAAUUACUUCUAUGGAUGCAGCGAAAGAGGGCGUAAUUUUCCUCCUGCCAUACGCGAGCGGGCUUCAAAUGGCUAUUUGCUUAUUGCUGCAAGUGGAGGGUUGAACCAACAGAGAACUGGAAUAACAGAUGCUGUGGUUGUUGCACGGAUUCUUAAUGCUACAUUGGUUGUGCCCGAGUUAGAUCAUCACUCCUAUUGGAAGGAUGAUAGUGACUUUGUCAACAUUUUUGACGUUCAUUGGUUCAUUUCUUACCUUGCAAAAGAUGUCACCAUUGUGAAAAGAGUUCCUGAUAAAGUCAUGCGGAGACGUGUCGUGCAGCUGACAAAGUUUGACUAUAGGCUUGCAAGUAACCUUGACGAAGAGCUGCAAAAAUUGCGCUGCCGGGUUAAUUAUCAUGCUUUAAGAUUUACAAAACCCAUACAAGAAAUUGGUGAGAAACUUGUGACAAAAAUGCGUAUGAUGGCGACACGUUAUAUUGCAGUUCACUUGAGGUUUGAACCUGAUAUGCUUGCAUUUUCUGGGUGUUACUUUGGUGGGGGUGAAAAGGAAAGAUCUGAGCUCGGCGAAAUAAGAAAAAGAUGGGCAACAUUACCAGAUUUAAGCCCUGACGGAGAGCGAGAGAGAGGAAAAUGUCCACUCGCUCCUCAUGAAGUAGGAUUAAUGCUGCGUGCCCUUGGUUUUUCUAACAACACAUACCUCUAUGUUGCAUCUGGAGAAAUAUAUGGUGGAGAAGAGACUUUGAGACCCCUUAGAGAACUCUUCCCAAACUUCUAUACAAAGGAGAUGCUUGCAGUUGAAGAGCUGAAACCUUUUCUUCCAUUUUCUUCCCGCCUGGCAGCCAUUGACUACAUCGUCUGCGAUGAGAGUGAUGUCUUUGUCACAAAUAAUAAUGGAAACAUGGCCAAGAUUCUUGCUGGUCGAAGGAGGUAUGCCGGGCAUAAGAGGACCAUCAAACCAAAUGCAAAGAAGCUCAGUGCUUUGUUCAUGGCAAGGGAUCGGAUGGACUGGGAUGCAUUUGCCAAAAAGGUGAAAGCAAGCCAGAGAGGAUUUAUGGGGGAGCCAGAUGAGGUGAGGCCUGGACGAGGUGACUUCCAUGAAUAUCCAUCGUGUAUUUGUGAGAGGCCAUUCACUGAUGAAAACAGCAAGGGUGAAGAGCAACUGGCAGACAGAAUUCCUAUGAACUUCAAAGAAAAAGUUCACUCUAAGUAUGCUGGAGAGAACCAAGGUGACAAAAGCCUCCAGAGAUUGAAGAAGAUAAGCAUGGGAGAAGAACCGAUAUCUUUAAGAGAGAAUGAGGAUGGUGAAAAUUUUCCUGACUAA